CUUCUUUCCUGUUUUUUUUCUCUUUUUUUUAUUUUUGACAACUUUUUAACUAGUACUAAACAAUGUCUACCGAGCGUGAAAAUAAUGUUUAUAUGGCUAAGCUCGCUGAACAAGCCGAGCGAUAUGACGAAAUGGUCACCUUCACAAAGGAUGUCGCAAAGAUGGGUGUUGAUUUGACUAUUGAAGAACGAAACCUUUUGUCUGUUGCCUAUAAAAACGUGAUUGGUGCUCGUCGUGCUUCUUGGAGAAUCGUUUCUUCUAUUGAACAAAAGGAGGAAAGCAAGGGUAAUCAUGCUCAAGUUGAAAAGAUCAAGGCUUAUCGUCAAAAGAUUGAGUCUGAACUUCAAGAUGUUUGUAAUGACAUCUUGUCCGUCUUGAACGACAACUUAAUCCCUCAUGCUCAAGGUGGUGAAUCCAAAGUGUUUUAUUACAAGAUGAUGGGUGAUUAUCACCGUUACCUUGCUGAAUUCCUCACCAAUGAUGCUCGUAAAGAAUCUGCCACCAAGGCUCAUGAAGCUUACAAGACGGCUACAGAGAUUGCUCAAACUGAAUUAGCUCCCACCAACUCCAUUCGUUUGGGCCUUGCCUUGAACUUUUCCGUCUUUUACUACGAAAUUCUCAACUCCCCUGAUCGUGCCUGUCACCUCGCUAAGCAAGCCUUUGAUGAUGCUAUUGCUGAAUUAGACACUCUUUCUGAAGAGUCUUACAAGGAUUCAACCCUUAUUAUGCAACUGCUAAGAGAUAACCUCACCUUGUGGACUUCUGAUUUACAAGAAGACGCCGACAAGACAGAUGAAAAUAAGGCUGAACCUGUUGAUGAAUCCAAAUAAACUUUUUAUUAGUUCAUCUCUCUCUUUCCUCCUCCUCCCCCUCUUCUUCCCCUUUUACACCUCCUUUUUUCUUUCUUUAU